CUUUUUGAGCAAUUUCUGGAAAUCUCAUAUUUGUAAUGUUAGGCGCAGAGAUAAAAGCAGCUAACUUUACUGCCGUGACCACAAAGGCUGGUCUUCUUCAUGAUGAUGAUGAUGCGUCUGUGGCUGAGCUGUCAUCUCCUGUUUGCAGGGAUUUCUCUGAACGUCUUUGCUGCGACGCCUGAAGAAUGUGAGCUGCUGGUCACGCCCGUGUCUCUGGCCGACCCUUCCGUGAUUCUUGGAAAGACAAACUACCUGGCAGGCUACACCGAUUAUGCCCCUUUUAAAGGCAUCCUGAAGGCCACAGACAGCUCCUGGCUGAACAUCACAGAGUCUCCGUCCAACAUCACCUCUGAAGUGUUGAUGUCUCAGGAGAACAGGAUUAAUGGAACCUGUGUGGGGUCGACGGUGAAGAUGACCCUGGAAGGACUCCGGGCAAGAGUGGCGUUUACAGAAAUGGACGCAACGCUGUCUGUGCUACCGAGCUGCGACGGCUGCUUCGUCUUUUACAUCAACUAUACAGCCAAUGAUGUGAAAAAGCUCCUCGAACACAUCAACGUUAGCGACAAAGAUCUGGCGGAUCAGGCUCAGGGUCGCAGUCUGUAUCUUAUGGGCAAACAGUUGACGCUCAGCCCCUCAGACUUGGAGCAUUUCAGGAAGCAAGCCAGUUGUCUCGGCUUCUUAGGAGAACCAGAUUUCCUCUUCAAUCCAGAAAAAAGUUUUUGUCGAGAAGGGGAAGGAAUCCGAUUACCUUACUCCCAAUAAAUUCAACUGUUAAAUGUGAUCUCUCUCUGAUCAAAAUAAAUAUAAAAAAAAAAAUCUAA